GCCAAUCAAAGUCCAAAAUCGCAUCUUCGUCGUUGCUGUCGUUAUGGCUACUUCUGUAGCCUCCCCCUCGCUGCGCUCGCAGUCGUUCGCGAACCUGGACGAGGUGCUGUACCGCCAUCUUCAAUGGACGUUAGCCAUCGACUUUGAGCGUCAGCAGCUCGAGGGAUUCGCCGAGUACACGUUCACCUACACGGGCACAUCCAAGUCCCCCGUUCUGAUUCUCGAUACGCAAUUUCUGAGUAUUGCCAGUGUAUCAGUGGACGGAGUGAAUGUCGACGAUUUCACCCUGAGUGAUCAACACUCUGUGUUCGGACGUGCACUAAGUGUACCCAUUUCCAGCUUGUCCACCACCGUCCGAGUAAGCUACAGCACGUCAGCGCAGUCCAGCGGCCUGCAGUGGCUCGCUCCGUCCUUGACUGCAGGCAAGGAGCACCCGUUCCUGUUCACUCAAUGCCAAGCUAUCCACGCGCGCAGUGUAGUGCCGUGUCCCGAUACCCCAGCAGCCAAGUUGACAUACUCUGCAACUGUCACAGUGCCUCAAUGGUGUACAGUACUUAUGAGUGCAAUUGCUCAUGGCCACAUCAAGAAUGAUGAUCACGAGCAAACCAAAAAGUGGAGUUUCCGACAAAAUGUACCCAUUCCAUCGUAUCUCCUGGCAAUUGCCGCUGGACGCAUGGAGAGCGUCGAAUUGAGCCCGAGAACGAAAGUGUGGGCCGAACCGAGGGUUGUCACUCGAGCAGCUCACGAGUUUGCACAGACUGAGGCGUUUUUACAGGCAGCGGAGGAGAUUACUGGACAGGAAUACUUGUGGAAGAGAUACGAUCUGGUCUGUCUGCCCCCGUCAUUCCCUUAUGGAGGGAUGGAGAACCCGUGUUUAACUUUUGUGACCCCAACGCUACUUGCCGGCGAUAGAUCGUUGGCUGACGUUGUGGCACAUGAAAUUGCCCACUCAUGGACUGGCAACCUGGUGACGAAUGCGACGUGGAGUGAUUUCUGGCUCAACGAAGGCUGGACGGUGUGGCUCGAACGGAAGAUUGUAGCCAAGAUCCACAAUGACCCCAAGACGUACGACCUCAAGGCUGCUCUGGGCAUGCGUGGUCUUGUUGAAGCCAUUCAGUCUUUCGGGCCUUCACACCCGUAUACAGCACUGGUACCGAAUACGGAGGGUGUUGACCCGGACGAUGUGUUCUCACGUGUACCUUAUGAGAAGGGCUUCAACUUUUUGCACUAUUUGUCGACUGUUGUGGGGUCUGACGAGUUCGACUUGUUCGCUCAGGCUUAUAUCCAGAAAUUCAAGUUCCAGACCCUCACUUCUCGAGAUUUCCGUGUGUUCUUCGAGAAACACUUUGCAGCGUACCCUGAAUGGCUCAGCCAGAUCGACUGGGACGGCUGGUUCUUCUCAACGGGGAUGCCUCUGAUCGAAAACAAGUUCGACACGUCGAUUAUCAGUCAAGUUCGAGCGCUCGGAGAGAAGAUGAUGACAGCAAUUGAUGAAGAGAAGUGGGCUAAAGUCCUGGCACCGAGUGUGUUGCGUAAAUGGCCGGCCUCGCUGUGGAUUCUGCUGCUGGAUACAUUGCUACUGCUACAGACUGGUAGUCAUACUAAACUCACGGAGGCCCAUUUGGACGCUAUUGACGCGUUCGCCCACCAUCAUCUGAGUACGACACACAACUCAGAGCUGCGUUUCCGUUGGUUCACGUUGUCUCUCCGCUCAUGUGAUCUUCGCGUGCUCGACCGUACUGUCGAAUUCUUAAAGGAACAGGGCCGUAUGAAGUUCGUGAGACCUCUCUUCCGAGACUUGUGUGCGGCGCUGGGCGUUGAACGCGGUGCUGCGAUUUUCGAUGAGUGCAAGUCGCUCUACCACCCGAUUGCAGCCAAGAUGAUCCAGCGAGAUAUUGAGAACAUGCAGACGUCCAAGAAACGCAACAAGCCGGUGUACUCGAACGAUUUCAACGGGAUUUUUGCGCACUGGCUUGGUUUGCCACAAAAGCACUCAGACUACUCGCCUUUGCUGGCAAUCUUGCUUGGUGGUCUGACUGUGGCGACGGCAGUGGCGUUAUCUAAGCGACGCUAAAGAGUUUUGCACUGGUAUUGAUUUGAAGCGGUGAUCGUUUACAAUGUUCGGUAACCGAUGAUGUUGUGGCCCAGAAGCUUAAAACUCAACAUAAAUGUCUGGAUUUUGAGUGUGAUCGAAUAAAAAGUAAGGGUUUUACUGUGAUUGUCGCUGGCUUCGCCAACUUUACGUUGGCGUAGUUGGACAUUAACGGUGUCCCACAUUAACCGAUCGACGAACAAGUCAGAGAUUUGAUCGAUUCUGCAUAGCUAUGGUGUGUUCUAGUUUUUGAGUAAUCGAUGAACGUUCGACUGUUCAGGUCAUAGUGGUGAUCACGAAGAUGUAUAGCGCCCAAAAAGUAAGUAGCUGAGUCUUGGUGGCGAAUUUAAUGCGCUUUGACUUUCUAGCAGC